AUGCGAGUCUUCACAGCCGGCACAAAGCCCCUACCAGCCGCCGUCGAAGGACCUCGAGGGUCGAAAGCAGCACCCCCGAAACGCAAGCCCAAGAAGCGUGGCCCGAAGAACCGCCUCACACCACCGCCGAAAACCAUAAUACGGCAUCGAAAGGGAGGAGUUUUCCGGUACACCAGGCCUCUCCCGCGUCCACCAGUCUUUCCGGCCCUGAGAACCGUCCAGCAAGCCCAGCCCGUCGAACAAGCCCAGCCGCGCGAUGUUCUUGCCUGGCUCUCCGAGAUCAGCGACGAUGACGCGUCAGUACAGACGCUGAUAAACCCACCAUGGACCGUUGCGAUCGCUGGGGACGACGUCUUCGGUCCGGUCGGCGAGGACCGGGGGCUUCCACCAGCAGCAGGUAUCCCGUGGGCACCUGAGCCGGAGUCUGAGCAAGUCCAGCAGCCAGCGCAUACGCCGCCAAGACCCGCCCCAUCGCCUCCCCAGCCCAGCCCGAAGGCCACCCUGCCGCCCCCCGCGCCCAAACCCAGCCUCCUUCUCCGAGCCCGCGAGAGCUGCGUCUCCGCAAUAUCCCACCUCAUGCACCCUCGAGAGCACUUCCGGUCCGGGAGAAGGGGCGGCGCCCUCGAGGCCAAAGCGCGGAAGUUUGAGCGGAGGGAGCGCAGGGCGCUGGAAAAGCGGCAGGCGUGUGAGACGGAGCUGGAGCGGAAGCGGGAGCUGAUGCGGGAGAAGAGGAAGGGGAGGUACUUUGGUAAAGGCGUUUAUUGCACUGAGGUGGAGUAG